UGUCAAUCUGUGACAAGAGCCCGCAGGCGCUUCCGGUUUUUUAAGCACUCAAGACGCAGGCGCUGUGUGCGGCAGUUUCAGUGUUUUGGAGUACACGUUUUAUGCUGGUGGUUGGGUGGUUGCGUGAGGCUGCUGAUUUAGAAGUGUAUAACAUCAUCAAAGAAGUGUUAUGUACAGUAAGUCAUUCAUAAAGCAGUGACUAAAUGCGUACUGGAAAUCUACGAAUUUCGUUUUACAGCGAAAGAGUUUAUGUUAGCUGUUUGUACAAAGUCAUUGGAAGCUUAAAGAGUGAAAGCAAUGAUGAACAGGUUUAGAAAGUGGCUUUACAACCAAAGAGAUCAGACCCACAACUUCUUGCCCAGUUCUACUAUGCUGAUGAAGAACUGAACCAAGUAGCUAGUGAAUUGGAUAGCCUAGAUGGUAGGAAAGAUCCACAGAGGUGCACACUAUUAGUCAACCAAUUCCGCUCAUGUCAGGAUAAUGUUUUAAACAUCAUAAAUCAAAUCAUGGAUGAAUGCAUUUCUGAAGAUAGAGCUAACCGUGACUUUUGUGUCAAGUUUCCAGAUGAAAUAAGGCAUGACAACUUAGGUGGACAGCUUUGGUUUGGGGCAGAGUGUUUAGCUGCUGGUUCUAUCAUCAUGAAUCGGGAAAUAGAGAGUAUGGCAAUGCGUCCACUUGCUAAAGACUUGACCCGGAGUCUGGAAGAAGUGAGAAACACUAUGCGUGAUCAAGCAUUACGGGAUCUGAAUGUUUACACUGAUAAAAUGAAGGAGUCUCUCAAGCAUUUUGAUGUUUUGUUUGCAGAAUUUGAACUAAGUUAUGUUUCUGCUAUGGUACCUGUGAAAUCUCCAAAAGAAUAUUAUGUACAACAAGAAGUAAUCAUACUUUUUUGUGAAACUGUAGAGAGGGCCUUAAAACUUGGAUACCUCACACAAGAUUUGAUUGAUGACUAUGAGCCUGCUUUAAUGUUUACAAUUCCAAGGCUAGCCAUUGUAUGUGGUUUAGUAGUUUAUCCCGAUGGACCUUUAAAUCUGGAUCAUAAACCAGAAGACAUGUCUGAGCUUUUUAGACCAUUCCGCACAUUACUGCGAAAAAUACGGGACCUUCUGCAAACUCUGACUGAGGAUGAAUUGCACUCACUGGAACGUAAUCUUUGUAUAUCACAAGAUGUAGAGUUUCAUGUUGGACCUGAUCCUGAUGUAUCGUCUUCCAUUCCACCAGUAUUGACUGUGGCCUUACCUUUAGAAGACAGGCUUUCAGCAAAAGCUGAAAAUACAGAAGCAGAGUUAGCCUGCUCAAUGCAGUAUGAUGAACAAGAAUUGGAACAGCUUAAUAUGAUGGUCCACAGGGUUGGAGAUGAGAUGUCUUCCUUGCUUUCCCCACCAAGUGUUUGCCAGUCACCAGCUCACAGACCUACAUCAGGACUUGCAUCUGACAAAGAAGGGUCACCUCACAGAAGUGUCCUUGAAAAUACAACAGAUGAAGAAGAUAGGGUGUUCUUUAUGGAUGAUGUGGAUGGAGCAAGAGAAGCCGUUGUUGGUUUGGAGGUUAAUGAAGAGACACUCGCUUGUAUUGGUGCACCUGAUCAUGGCACUGGCCAGCUUCCUGUGUCUGAAAAACAACAUGCUGUUCAGAAUGGCUGUCAAAAUGAUAUCCAUCAAUCCCUAAAGGAAACAGAAGAGAGUAAUGCCACAGAUGCCUUAAAAGGAUUAACUGGUGCAAACUCAUCUUCAGUCACUUGCACUUGUGCAGAGGGGCUUGAUACACAGUUAUACCUCAAUGGCUGGGAUGCAAAUGGAGAUGAGGCAGAGACUGCAGAAAUUAUUGCACAUCGCACAGGAGGAAUGAAAAUUUCAGCAACUGUAAUUUUUAAUCCAAAAUCCCCAACUGUUUCAGAAUCCCCUUUGAGUCCUGAAACUGCAGAUAAUCUUCCUGCUUCUGAUCAGUUACAUGAACUGGAAGAAGGCGAAUCACAGAAGCUUAGUGUAGCUGCCUCAAACUGUCUAAUAAACUCGUGUGUAUGUUGUGGAAGCUGUGAGGAUAGCAAGGAGGAUACCUGUGAAGCAUCUAGAGAAGAAACACAUUCCCAAAAUAAAGUUAUAAAUGCUUCCUACAGUUUAGCAAAGUCAAAGGAAAGUGACAACUUGGAUACUUUGAACUGUGCUCUACCCACCCAUGGAACAAUAAAAGAUGUAUGUUGCUGUAACAUGCAGACUGAAAGAGAUGACACUAGAGAAUCACUCAAAACAAAUAAAUGUGUAAAAUGUCUUGCACAUAGCUCUGAUGCAGAGCUGCACAUUACACAAAAUGGGCCACAAGCAGAAGAGAGAGUUUCAGGUUCUCAGAAGAGGAGUGAUACAAAUAGGCCACAACUUACUAAAGGCAAAGAGAGGAAAGCAGAGACUAAUAUCAGUAGUUUAAAUGGUAAAGUAUCUGAGGAAGAACCAAAGCCAAGUUCAAGUUCAAAGGAUGACAUGCAUGAUUCUCCCCUCGGCUCUAUCUCCAGCAGUGACUAUGAAAGUGUUUCGGUAACUACAUGUAGUCUGUCGAGCACAUACACGCCAAGUAGUCCUAUGAGCAGUUUAACAUCAUCCUCCUGUUCUUUGGGUGAUAUUGAUCAAGAAGAAAUUCAGAUGGCUCUGCAAGCUGCAAAGAUUGCUGCAAGAGAAAAAAUCAGGUCUCGAUUUCACAGCAGCAGUGACCUCAUUCACCGACUCUUCGUUUGUAUCUCAGGUGUUGCUGACCAACUUCAGACAAAUUAUGCCAGUGACCUGCGAAGUAUAUUGAAGACGUUAUUUGAAGUUAUGGCAACUAAACCAGAAAUUACUGAUAAGGAAAAGAAGAAAGUUGGGCAGGGACUGAAGAGUGCAGCACUGGAAGAUUGUGCAUUGUGUCAAGAAAGUAGUUCUACUUCAGAAAUUACCUCAAAGACAAGAGAAGGCGAAUUUGAAGAUCCUCCGGAAUGGGUACCAGAUGAAGCCUGUGGUUACUGCACUGCAUGUAAGGCUCCAUUUACUGUAAUACGCAGAAAACACCACUGUAGGAGUUGUGGAAAGAUUUUCUGCUCACGGUGUUCUUCCCAUUCUGCACCAUUACCUCGCUAUGGUCAGAUGAAACCUGUUCGAGUCUGUACACACUGCUAUGUAUUCCAUGUCACACCAUUCUACAGUGAUAAAGCUGCCAUGUGACACAGGAUUUAACUUUUCAUCACAUGGACAAGUACUGUACUGGAUAUAUAUUCUAAAGAAAAACAAUAACUGGAAGAAUAUCGAGAAAUAUGAUGGAGCAUGUGAGGCUUUGAGAGCCAUGACUAGGAAUUUUAUACAAAUACUUAAUUUUUAAAUGCAUUUUUAAUAAUGAGCUGCUAAAGGGAAGUACUAAGUCUUGAAGUUAUUGGCUGUGGUACAGUCUUCCAUAUAUCAGUAAUAUUAAAAUGCCAUAUACAGCAGCAAAGCACUACAUGGAAAGGGAAUAGGACUAAAAAAAAAUUAAAGCUAAGCUGCAGUGCCACUCAUCUAGUACAAUUAAUAAUGGUUUACAUGGCUGAUUACACUAACCUGAUCACAGCAUAUAAUAACCAAGCUAUGAUGGUUCUGAACCAUUGGGUUGUAUGAAACAAGGCUGUCUUGUAGGCUGUUGCCUUAUUGCCUUUACUUACUAUGGCCAUGGAGCAACCAGCAUGUAACAUUAUGUGUAGUGUCACUUUACUGGUUUGAAAUCAGAUUAAGCAUAUAUAAUGUAUAUUUUCUGUUUGUUUUUUUUUUGUUUGUUUUUUUUGAGAAUUAUCAGAAUCAGUAAGGUUUUAUAUUUACUUAAAAUAUUUUGUUUUUAGACUUUAAACGGAUCUAUUUGAUUGUCUUUGCAGAUACUUAUUUUUAUACAUCUUUUAUGAAUUUAUGCAGUUCCAUAUUGGUGUAACUAAAAUAUAUUAAUUUUAAAAUAAAUGUAAGUGUUACAGGGUUUAAGCUGUAUGGGAACAAAAAUGCUGCAUCAGUAGUAUACCAUGCAUUGUGCUCUUAAUAGAUCACAGAUGAAUCAUAGUCAGAGUCCCUCAAGCUGUACCCUUUCUUACAAAAUUUAUCUUUUAUAAUGGAAGUUGUUAGUCUUCAUCUUCCCCACCUUUGUAUUCUUGUAUGUACUGUUGCACAAGGUUUAACCUUAAUCCCAUCUGUAUUCAGAAGUGGUUGUGGUUGAUGGGAGGUGGAUUAUUGCGGAUUUUUCAGAUUAAAACGAGUUUCCCUAA